AUGGCUGAUCCAGCGGAAAAGGAUGCCCUGAUGGCACAGUUCACUACAAUUGUAGGGACUUCGUCUCGACAGGCGCACCAAUUCCUGACUGCCAGUAAUUGGAACCUGGAAAGUGCCAUAGCAAAUUACUACGCUGCCCAAGAAGACCAUGCCGAAGAUCUCGCUGAUGAUUCUGAUUACGUCGACGAAGAUGAUCCCGGACUUUCAAGUCAGUCUCAUCCCAACUACGGCGCCGGUCGAAGAUUAGGCGAAGGACCCUCUGAUUCUCAACCCAUCCCUGUCGCACCGGUGUCCAACUCGUCACAACCCCAAAAGAAGUCUUCCACACCGAAGAAAUUUGCCACGUUAGGUGAUUUCAGCGCCGGGGGGCCCAAUGGAGAUGACUCAGAUGAUGAUGAUAAACCAGAUUUGUUUGCGGGCGGUGAAAAGUCGGGGCUCGCAGUUCAGAAUCCGGAUGAUUUGAAAAAGAGGAUUUUGGAAAAGGCUCAAAAGCGUGGUCCACCGCCCAAAGAGGCCGCUCCUAAGAAAUCAUUCUUUACCGGCAACGCCCGCACGUUGGGGGGGGAUGACACACCAUCGCGAGAGAUUCCUGCGGCGUCUCAACCAAGAGCACGAGCCGAACGAGUUGAUCGCGUUCUCCAUUUCUGGCAAGAUGGCUUUAGCAUUGACGAUGGUGAUUUGUACCGCAUUGAUGAUCCAAGGAAUGCGGAGAUCUUGAAUUUGAUUCGACAAGGACGUGCCCCUCUGAAUAUCAUGAAUGUCCAGCCAGGUCAGGAGGUUGAUGUGGAGAUCAAACAACACGAUGAGAAAUACGUCAAACCGAAGAAGAAGUUUCGACCAUUUGAAGGAUCUGGUCAUCGUCUUGGAAGCCCAACUCCUGGGCUGCCUUCGAUGCCGGGAGCUUUCAGCUCAGAACCCACUGCACCUGCUCCCACGACAGCCGCGGCAGCCCCUCCGGUCGCUGAGAUUGACGAAUCGAAACCUACGGUAACGCUAAGAAUCAGUUUGGGAUCGGGGACGAGGCUGACAUCUCGUUUCAACACGACUCAAACAAUUGGCGAUGUGUACGAUUUUGUUCAACGAUCUGAACCUGGAGGCCGGGAAUUCGUCCUCCAAACCACAUUUCCGACCACGGAACUUCAAGAUAAGUCCAAGGUGCUUGGGGAUAUGGCUGAAUUCAAGCGAGGAGGUGCCGUGGUUCAGAAAUACCUUUAA